AUACAUAUACAUAUAUAUACACACACAUCUUCCCUCUCUCCUCCACCUUCAUCUCUCUCUAACUCAACAUACCAACAUGGUGGCAACCAAGGGCGAAGGCGGUAGCGGUGGCAGCGGUGCCACGGUAGGCGGUCUAACCACCCUAAUCCAACCGAUAACCGCCGAGUGUUGCAUGUGUGGCGAUUUCGGCCUCUCCCAAGAGCUUUUCCGGUGCAAAAUCUGCAAAAACCGAUUCCAACACAAAUAUUGCAGCAAUCAGUACCCGAAAGCCGAGUUCUACAAAGCCUGCAAUUGGUGCCUGGCUCCGAAACACGACUCGGGUAACUCAUCGAACUCAUCUUCGUCAUGCCGGAACAAUUCCGGCGAUGAUCACCGGAAUCAUUCCGGCAAGACCAAAAGAAGUAUUCCUGUUCAUAGAAUUGGUCAUGGGAGUUUGAGGGAAAGGAGGAAAGGAUUGGAUAUCGAGUUGACGGGCACCGGUUUGAUGAAGAAAGUACAUGGAUCGUCGCCGGAGGAGGAGUCUCCGGUGAGCACUGGCCGGAAAAGGGUGGUGGUGGAGGAGAAGAAUCAUGGAAUGUUGAGAAAGUCAAAGUCAGCGAAUCAUCUAACAAGUGGUGGUGGGACCAAGACAAGACCGGUUUUUAGAAAUAAGGUUAGAAGGUAUAAAUUAUUAGAUGAGGUUUCAAGCCAAUGAGGUUAUAAUAAACUUAUAAAAUAUAAAAAUGUUUUGGUUGAAUGGUUCUGCUUUAUGCAGUAAAGGUUGUAAUUUAGCAUCUAAAAUUUCAACUAGGUAGGUUUUAUAUGUGGGAAAAUUACCAAAAUAUUAUUGGUUAACCAAAAGUAUUUGAAAUCAGAUAUUGAAUUUUAGUCGUU